AUGAAGGCCGCCCUCCUCACCUCAGCGCUAUGGGCGCAACAAGCCGCGGCCCAGUUCGCGACGGCUGCCAUGAUGCGCUUCCAAUGCUCGCAACUCGUCAUCGAGCGCCUCGACCCUCUCGUUAACCCCGGCGAGGUCCAGUCACCCCACCUUCACCAAAUAGUAGGUGGCAAUGCCUUCAACGCCAGCAUGACACCUGGCGACUAUGACCCAUCCGUCGAGUCUACCUGCACGACGUGCUCGUUCGCGGAGGACUUUAGCAAUUACUGGACGGCGAAUAUCUACUUCCAUGCCAAAAACGGGAGUUACAAGCGGGUGCCGCAGAUGGUAAAUCUGGGGCUUCAAGGGGCUGGGGGUGUGACGGUGUAUUAUAUCCCGCCUUAUGAUGGGAAGACGACCGUUACGGCGUUUAAGCCGGGCUUCCGCAUGCUCGUCGGUGACGCAACCCUCCGUACAGAAGAAGGCAUGCAAAAGCAAAUCUGCCACCGUUGUGAGGAGAACAUCGAGCAAACCCCCUUUGGUGGCGCGCCCUGCUCCGGUGCCGACACGGCUUCUUUCCCGACUGGAAUGUGCCACGGCGGUAUCCGGACAACUAUCACGUUCCCCACAUGUUGGGACGGCAAAAACGUCGACACCCCCGACCACAAGAGCCACGUCGCGUACCCGAGUAGCGGCAGUUUCGAGACGACCGGCCCGUGUCCUGACUCUCACCCCGUCCGUGUGCCGCAGCUCAUGUACGAGGUGAUGUGGGACACACGCGAGUUCAACGACCCGGAGGUGUGGCCUGAAAGCGGGCAGCCGUUGGUGUACUCUAUGGGUGAUGAGACCGGAUUCGGCCAGCAUGGCGAUUACAUCUUUGGCUGGAAAGGAGACUCCCUCCAGCGUGCGUUAGAUGCGCGCUGCACGGGCAACCAAUGCUCGGUUCUGACGACUCAGUCCACUGAACAAGCGCUUGCAUGCCAGAAGCAGCAGACAGUGCCGGAAGAGACAGAAGGGUUAACUUACAUCGCCGCCAACCCACCCACCACAAACCUCAUCGUCAGCGCAGUCGUCAUCCACAACCAUCGCGUCCUACUCAUCCAACGCGCACCCCACGACGGAUUCCCCCUCAAAUGGGAAUGUCCCGGUGGAGGUGUCGACGCCACGGACGCUUCUGUGCUUGACGCCGCGCGCCGCGAGGUGCGUGAAGAAACAGGGCUGGUCGUGAAGGAGUUCAAGGGUGUGGUGGAUGUGUUGGAUUUUGAUGGGAAGGAGGAUGGGUGUGUGUGGAAGAAGAUCACGCUUUUUGUUGGGGUUGUUGAUGACGAUGCUGCUGCUGCUGCUGGGGAGGGAGUGAUGGGGGAUGGUGGUGAGAGGAUGGGGUUGGUGGUGAAGUUGGAUCCGAAUGAACAUGUGGAUGCUGUUUGGGCGAGUGAAGAGGAGCUUGUGGCUGGGAAGGUAGGGGAAAAGACGAUUGAGUUUGCGUAUGUUGAACAGAGGCAGACUAUUUUGGAUGUGUUGCGGGGAGUUAAGAACGGCGAAAUUGGUGAGAUUGUGUAA